AUGACGGUUGCAAAAUUUGUCAAGAACCCGCACCCUUUCCCAGCGUUUUUCUUUAGCCACGGCGGACCAACUUUUAUGUACGAGGACGACCCGUUUGGCAACAAGGGCGCAUGGAGGACAAUCAAGAAACUCGGUGCUGAAAUCAAAACGAAAUGGAAGCCCGACUACAUCAUUGUCGUGAGUGCCCAUUGGCAAAGCGUGAAACCGAAACUCAUUGAAAUAAACAAAGUCAAGGGCAAGGGCAAGGGCAAAGACAACCAAGAAAAUGAGUUGAUCUAUGACUUUUUUGGGUUCCCCAGCCACAUGUACAAGGAAGAGUUCCACACCAGGAACGAUGAAUUUAUCGCCGACGAGAUCAAGCAAAAAUUGCAAGCAAAUGGAUUCGACUCGCAAGUUGUUGAGAGAGGGGUCGACCAUGGCGUGUGGGUGCCCUUGAAAGUGGCAUUUAGUGACUACAACACCCAAAACACGCGCACGCAGCCAAAGGACAAGCAGCUAGACCUAGAGUGCCCCAUGAUCCAAGUCUCCUUGACUUCGAAUGACCACGACUUUAAGUCGCACUAUAAACUAGGGGAAGUCUUAAACUUCUUUAGAGACAACAAGAUCUGGGAUGAGCGCCAGCAAAAAUAUUUGGCCGGGAUGGUGAUUUGCUCGGGGAUGUCGGUACACAAUUUGAGGGAUUUGGGGGCGGCCAUGAGAAGACCAGAUGGACUUAUGCCCUAUGUCAAGCCAUUCAACAAGAUCUUGACAGAUAUACUUGAAAAAAGGGAAGGCGGCGACACGUUGAAAGAGUUGACCAAUUUACAGUUGCAGCCUAUUUUCAGACAGGCUCAUCCUACUUUUGAGCAUUUCUUGCCCGUGGUUGUUGCGAGCGGAAUUGCCAAUGACUCAAAGGACAAUAUAAAGGAGCUCUACAAUGCUGAAACGGCCAGUCUUGGAUGGGGCAUCUACCAAGUUGGCGAAGCUCCAAAAGCCUCGCUUUGA